AUGAGUAAAGGAAAAGAACAAAAAAAAGCCCCAGCCAAAGUUCAAAAAGUAUUACACCCUUUAUCUAGAAAAGCUAAAAAAAUAACAAUUGACAAUGUUAGAGAUAUUAAAAAGGAUUUAAAUAAAUCUCAAAAAGAUAAAGAAAAUAAUAAACUUAAGAAAAAAAUUCUUUUCUUCAAAGAUAAAAUUACACAAACACCAAAUAAAAAGAAUUUUAGCUUAAUUGAAAUUUCACAAAUGAUUGAUGAAUAUUUAAUUGGUGCCAAACCAAACGCUAGCGGAACAGCCGGUGAUUUACUUAAAAACUCUUAUGAAAAUGAUGUUAAAGCUUUUAAAACAGGUGAUGGUUAUUUGUGUCCAGAUUUAACAACCAAUUCAAAUGUUAAAUAUAUAGCUGAAUGGGAUGGUGAUAACAAAUAUCUCACACAAAUUCAAAUGAAGAAAUUUAAAUAUAUUGAAAAUACUGAUUCAAAAAUGGAUUGA